UUCUAGUAGCAAGCAGCAGCCAGCCAGCCUGAUCAUUCCCCCAGCCGGGACCAUGGACCGGCUGCUGUGGGCGUUGGCGCCGGCGCUAGUCUGCGGCGGCAAGCGGGGCAAGGGCGACGACGCCGCCGCCGUCGUGGACCCGAUGGGCGCGGCGUUGGGGCAGCUGGGCGAGUGGCUGUGCCGGGCGGCGGUGCAGCCGCCGCCGCCGCCGCCGCGGCGGGUGUGCGGGACGCCUGGGGGCCCGCCCGUGACGGCGCGCCGGGUGCGGCUCAGCGACGGGCGGCACCUGGCCUACGAGGAGUCCGGCGUGCCCAGGGACACCGCGCGGUGCAGGGUCGUCUUCUCGCACGGCUUCACGGGGUCCCGGCUCGACAGCCUCCUCGCCUCGCAGGUUAGUGACCAUUCAAUCUAAGUGAAAAAAAAAUGCAGAAAGUGGCCGAGGAGCUGGGUGUGUACAUGGUGGGCUUCGACCGCGCCGGCUACGGCGAGAGCGACCCCAACCCGGCCCGCUCCGUGCGCUCCGCGGCGCUGGACAUGGAGGAGCUCGCCGACGCGCUGGGCCUCGGCGACAAGUUCUACGUCGUGGGCUUCUCCCUCCGGUGCCACGCCGUGUGGGGCGCGCUCCGGCACAUCCCGCACCGGCUGGCGGGCGCCGCGAUGCUGGCGCCCGUCGUCAGCUACUGGUGGCCCGGCUUCCCCGCCGACCUGGCUGCUGAGGCGUACGGCCGGCAGGCCCGCCGCGACCAGUGGGCGCUCCGCGUGUCCCACCACGCCCCCGGCAUCCUCCACUGGUGGAUGGACCAGCGGUGGCUGCCCACCUCCACCGUCGUCGACAACACCACGCACCUCCCCAACAAGCGCGACGCCGAGGUCCGCCGCGCGCUCGCCGCCGACGGCACACUGCAGAGGAAGCGGGAGAUGGCGACGCAGCAGGGGAUCCACGAGUCCUACUACCGGGACAUGACGGUGAUGUUCGGCAAGUGGGAGUUUGACCCCAUGGGCCUGCCGGAGCCGCCGUGCCCCUUGCACCUGUGGCAGGGCGACGAGGACGGCCUCGUCCCCGUCGUGCUGCAGCGCCAUGUCGCCGGGAAGCUCGGAUGGGUCAACUACCACGAGCUCCCCGGCACCGGAAACUUCCUCUCCGCCGUCCCCGGACUCGGGGACACCGUGCUCCGGACACUUUUCUGCUGAGCCUUCGCAAAGCCGCCGUGGCGGCAUCAACAAAGUACAGCAGAGUUGGUUGGUUGCAGCUUUAGCAGGUUAUGAAAAGUACUCAGUACAGUACAAUGAUAAGCUGGUCAUGAUACAUGGGGGACACGAGGCAGCGUGUAGAAUUUGUUCUUUCUUUCUUUCGUUCUUUUUUUUUGUAUGUAAUGAAGUUUUGCUGCCGGGAAGCCCCUGAAAAUCGGAGA